CACGAUCAGUUUUAUCGGCCCGAGCCGCCUUUUGAUGCGAGCUCCGAUGCGGCCGUGGUCGGGGGCCGCCUCACCGGUCGGCCGGGGGCUCCGCGAGCGGCAUGGCUGGGGCGGCGCCGCCGCCAGCGGAGCUCGACGAGCCGGCCCACCUCUCCUGGGUCUGGCGCAGCCUGUUCGAGGAGGGCCAGGCCAUCGACGGCAUGGGCCCUGAGAAGGCGAUCGAGUUCAAGGCGAACCUGUGCAUACUGACCGCAGACGGCUUCAUGCAGUACCUGAAGUUCCAUUUCGACAUCGAGCCGUACUCCAUUUGGAUCAAGCGCGAGCAGAAGAAGUGGUACGACUUCAUCACCACCCUGAUGGCGAUGCUCGGGGCCUGCCCGCGCCUCGGUGGAGGGCCUCGGCGGCGCGGCCACCGCCGAGGCGGCGGCGGUCGCGUCGGCGGCCUCCGCGGGCGCUGCGGCAGCCAGCGUCGCCGACGCCAGUGGCGCCCAGCAGGAGAGACGAAGCGCCGGCGGCGCGGCCUCCUCGACCGAGCCGAGCAGGGGCUGCUGGCUCCAGGGCCUGCAGGUGGGGCGAGCAGCUCCAGCAGUGGCCUGCCUCCGCCCCAGGUGGAGGUCCUGGCGAGCGGCGUCAUGACGCAGACCCUGUCCCGCCCAGACCUCUUCGACGCCCCCACGCUGGAGGAGCAGCUGGAGGUGCAGCGGCGGGAGCAGGCGCGGAGCGCGGCCGCGGCGCCGCCGCAGCCCCCGCUCGUGGCGGCCGCAGCGUCGCUGACGUCGCGGGUUCGCUCUCCAGCCGGAGUCGACGCGGGCGACUCCGACAUCUUCCGCGACGACAUUCCAGCCGCCCGUGUACAUGACCGGAUGGCCUGGACGCCAGAGGAGGAGCAGCGCCUCGUCGAGGGCCAGCGCAGGUUCGGCAACCGGUGGGAGACGGUCCGCACCACGUGCAACCUGCGGCACCGCACGGGCUCGCAGUUGCGGGAGAAGUUCCGCAACUUGCAGCGUGCCGGCGUUGUCUGA